CGGUUCCGAGCCGGAAAUCCUGUGCGAGCGAGUCAGUUAAAGCAUUUUAAAAAUUUCAUGAAGCCGGUUAUGAUUAUCUAUAUAAAAAUAUCUUAUUGUACGUUUAGUGUAUGUAAAGUAGCGUGACCAUGAACAACCUGGUUAUGUAGAUAGAUAGUACUUUAGAUAAUGAUGAUGAGAAAUUCAGGAUCCGUGAACCGAUUCGCAGCCUUUGCGCAUUUCGUUACAUUUUCUGUGCUUUUUAAAACAUUCCUUGUGUCAGCAGUGGUUUUAAAUUCUGUAAAUGUGGAAAUAGAUCUUUCUCGUCUGGCCAGAAAAGUGGAUGAAAGGUUUCUGUCUGUGACUAUAGAUGCGAGUCUGGUGGCAGAGGAGAAAUUCAUGUUCCUUCUGGGCUCUCCAAAACUGAGGACCCUUGCCAAAGCUUUGACUCCUGCAUUUCUGCGCUUUGGCGGGACUGAACAAGAUUUUAUGGAAUUUAAGCCACAGAGUGAAUAUUACAUGUAUAAAAGCUACAGUGGAGAUUCUUUUCCUCAUUUAGGACCUGCGUGUAGUAAAUAUGAGCUGCCACCAUUGCUGGAAGAAGAGCUAAAGCGAGAAUGGGCAGUACAGGCCUUACUCUUACGCCAGGAGGAUGUGCGAGGAAAAUACAAGCAAGUAAAUUUUUCUGAAUAUGCCAUAGAUCUGCUUUACUCUUUUGUGAACUGCUCGGGAUUGGAGUUGAUCUUUGGCUUAAAUGCGCUGCUACGAACUCCUGAGAAUGUGUGGGACAGUCAGAAUGCCGAGCUGCUGCUAAACUACUGUGAGCGACAGCAGUACAGGAUGUCCUGGGAGCUGGGAAAUGAACCCAACAGUUACGAGAAGAAGGCGGGGAUCAGGGUGAGCGGUUCCCAGCUGGGAGAGGAUUUCAUUCAUCUGCGUAAAAUACUGCAGAAAUCAGAACUGUACAAUUCCUCGGGUGUGUACGGACCUGAUAUCAGUCAGCCGCGAGACCACCGCAAAGACCUCCUCACUGGGUUUUUGGAAAGCGGAGCUGAAGCCAUUGAUGCCUGUACCUGGCACCAUUAUUAUGUCAAUGGAAGAGAUGCAUCUUUGGAUGAUUUCCUUGAUCCCAAAGUUCUCGAUAUGCUGGCGGAUAAAACAGACGAGGUCCUCAAGAUUGUCAAUUCUCUGUCUCCUGGAAAGAAAGUAUGGCUUGGAGAGACAAGCUCAGCAUACGGUGGUGGGGCAUUCGGUCUCUCUGAUACUUUUGUUGCUGGUUUUAUGUGGUUGGACAAAUUGGGACUCGCGGCUAAGCUGGGAUUGGACGUAGUCAUGCGACAGGUGUUAAUUGGCUCUGGGACGUAUCACCUUGUGGAUAAUAAUCUUGAUCCACUUCCGGAUUAUUGGCUGUCGGUUCUGUACAAGAGACUCAUAGGACCUGAAGUGCUGACAGUGCAGGUUCCGUCAGGUUCAGGGAGGCAAAAGCAGCUCUUACGGGUAUAUCUUCAUUGCACCAACAAAGAAAGUUAUACUUACAGAAAAGGUGCAGUCACUUUGUUCGCCUUAAACCUGAGCAAGAAGCAAAUGGUGAUCAAGCUGCCGAAAAUCGUCUGCAACAGCACUGUUGAAGUAUUUGUGCUCCAGUCGGCUGAGCCAGGGGAGGACGGCCUCCGUUCCAGAUCUGUCAGGCUGAACGGUGAUGUGCUGAAAAUGGUAGAUGAAAGGACUCUUCCAACUCUUCAUGGAGUUGAACUUCCUCCUGGAGAACAUCUCAAACUUCCUGCACUAUCGUUUGCCUUCUAUGUGCUGAAACAAGCUGCUGCUCCACUGUGCUAAAAACACAGUGAUGAUUUUAUCCUGAAUGUUGUUUAUGGGAAAAUCUUGAACAUUGCUCCAUGAACAUUUAUAUAUUAUAAGAUUUUAAGAGUUUACAUGUUACUUUUGAAUCAUCAGACACUCACUGGCUACUUGAACACCUGCUCAUAACACAGUGCAUUAAAUCAUGCAGGUUUGGGUCAAGAGCUUCAGUUAAUGUUUACAUCAAACAUCAGGAAGGAGAUUUAACAGAUAUGUAUGCCAUUCAACAACAGGUUACUGAGGUUUACUGAGUAAAGCUUGGAAUGUUUCCAAGCCACAUAUUUAAAAAAUAUAUUUUUGAUGGCAGUAAAAGUAAAGGUGUUUCGUUGCUAUUUUUGUGCAAUAAUAAUGAGAUUUUUAAUUGUGUUGUUGUCGAACCAGUCUAUAUGGAAUGAUAUUUGCACUUUAAU